UUUCAAAUUUUAUUUAUUGGGUGAUUAAUUUGAUUUUUUUCCUGUGGAUAAAAUUGUAGACUUUAUGUGUGGUUCUAAAUUCAGUAUUAAUGGCAUAAGAAAUCUCUCUAGACACUAUUCAUUAAGACAGAUCGGAAAGGUUUUUUUUUGUGAGUGGGAUAGGACAAAAACUGAUGGAGAUCUCACGUGAAUUCAUAUUGAUGCUCAACUGAUCAACCCCUGAAGAUCAUAAAGUUGACUCAUUAUUCUACCGUACGUGUGAUUUAUGCCAAGUUGAGAAUGAGCAUGUGUCAGAGACUGGAGAGAAGGCAUAUCACUUGCUGGAAAUCCUACGCUUAGAUCAGUAUGAGACUUAUUCUCAACUGAGAAGCAAUCCUAACUCAUUGUCGCGCAUCUCUAUUUGACUUGGCAUUCAGUGUUAAAUCUUCCGAGACAAGAUUAAUUUUCAAGUGCGCCAAGAAAAUCGCGACAGUGUCAAGUGUUUGAGAAAAUUUGUUCCUGGAAGUGGGGAAAACAAAAUCAAAUGAUUGGUGUUAAAAAACUGAAAUGACUAAGUGUUUCUGAUCAGUUUCUUUGGCUUGCUUACUGAGGCAGAACACGCGAAGAAAAGCAGCGUAAGUUUGGAUGGUAAAUCUAUAUUCAACACCGGUUCGAAUUUCAAUUCGAGAAUAUUAAUUUCACCGCGGAGUGGCAUAGGUCACACACUUGAGGAACUUUUUACUGAUUGAUCGAUCGUCGUAGUGAAAUGUCUGGGAAAAUACACUGGCUUCCGUGUCUUAUUGGGAUUUUUCUCUUGGCACAUGCUCAUGGAUUGUUGAACAUCGAUGAAAGUGUUGGAGGAGGAGGACAGGUCGAUCGUGCAUUUGAGGUAGCAAAUGCAACAGUUUUGGCCACAGCAGUUGGUCAAGCUGAAGAUCACUUUGAGAAGCUGAAGCGGUUGGAAGCCACACUAGCCACUCGGGCCAGAGUCCAAAGUGGAAGUAUAUCAAAUGCGCAGCUACUGGAUGGUUUGCCGACGGAUCAGGCGAAAGAGUGCGAUAGCGUGGCUCAGAUUCUCCUGAAGACCAGCUCCAAUCUUUUGCACACAAUUUGUCGACCUCAAAAUGUUCCUGAUAAAGAUUGCGCUAAAUUCCUUUCCCACAUGGACGUGCCUCCAUCCGAGGUGAAAGACCAGUGCAAGCAGAUGAGUUACUUGGGAUCAGCGAAAGGAAGUGGUCUGCAUGCCUACAGAAGACUCCUGCCAGCGGACUACAAAGAUGGAUUGUACAAAAUCCGCACCAAGGAGGAUGGAUCGGCUCUUCCGGUGCCCAGAGUCAUCACGAGUGCCUUCUAUGAUCAAUCAAUGGUGCAUCUCAAUGCCAUUAAAUCCACCCAUGUAACUUCAAAUGAGGGCGUGCUUGAUCCCAAACGGAGUGUCAUGUUAAUUCAGUGGUCGCAAUUUCUGGAGCAAGACCUCGCCAAGACGGUGCCACGAUCAAUGGGCAAUGGGAAACCCAUUGAGUGCUGCAGUUCAACGUUCAAUCAAGCCGCUCCGAGGUACAGACAUCCCGCCUGUGCUCCACUCAUUGUCCCUGAUUCCGAUGUCUUCUAUCGCGAUCUCUUUGUCAAGUGUCUCAAUUAUGUCCGAAGCGCCCUGGCUGUCGAUCCAAAUUGCAAAUUGGGAGCCCCAAAUCAGCUGAACCAGGCCACGAAUCAGCUGGAUUUGUCCCAAUUGUAUGGUAUCAAUGAUGAUGAAACACGCGCCCUGAGAACAUUCCGUGGCGGCAAACUUAGAGUAUCUGCAGAUGGUGCAAAUACAAUUCCAAUCCAGCAGCAUAGUUCACUUUGUCUUCAGCCCAAUGAAACCUGUUACCUCUCAGGUGAUCCUCGUGCCAACGCCAAUCCAUACAUGGUGCUUCAGUAUUCAAUCUUUUUGCGAUCGCACAAUAACAUUGCCAAUAAAUUGCAUGAGAUCAAUCCAUCGUGGAAUGAUGAGAGACUUUUCAAGUUCUCGAGGAAAAUCAAUACAGCUCUGUACCAGAAGAUCAUCUAUGAGGAAUGGGCACCAGAAGUACUUGGAUCAGAAAUGGCUAGAAAAAUCAUUGAUACUCCGGCUGAAAUGGAUCGCCAGAAGCGGAAUUACGGUGUUAGCAAUGAAUUUGCUACUGUUGCCAUUCGUUUCUACAAUUCAAUGAUGCCUGGAGAUCUCUGGAAUACUGAGAUCUUAAUUGACUCGCACAGAUAUAAUCUUUUCCAGCUGAAAAAUACCUUUUAUAGGCCGGCAAAUUUCACGUCUAAGGACUUCUUUGCUAGAGUUCUCGUGGCUAGUCUUUCGCAGAGAGCCAUGGCCAUGGAUACGGGAUAUGUCGAUGACCUGGGAAUGCAGCUAUUCCGUGCUACAAGUCCUUCAGUAGGGACCUUCGGAACGGAUUCUUUAGCUUUGGACAUUGCUAGGAGUCGAGAUCAUGGAUUACCAGGGUAUACACAAUACGUUAAACUGUGUCAGGGAAAGAAUAUUCGCAACUGGAACGACUUGAGAGGGACAAUGUCAGCAGAAGAUUUGACUCUCCUCAAGAAUAUCUAUGGAUCAGUUGGAGCCAUAGAUCUCAUAAUGGGGGCUUUCGCUGAAUUUCCAUCUUCGGGAGCGACAGUUGGACCAACCUUGUCCUGUAUUUUGGGAGAACAACUGACAAACUCUAGACAGACAGCUAGAAACUUUUACGACAACAAUUUCAAAUUGAGACAUACCGUCAAUGAAUAUACAGCUGCAAAUCUCCUCUGCGACGCAACUGAUCUUCAGGUGAUCCAGGAGAAUGUCUUCAGAGUGCCCUCUGAAGAAAAUCUCUUUCAACGCUGUGAAUCGCUGAGAGGGAAGCUCCAUUUGAAUAUUUGGAAAUCAUAGAGAGAUUCCAAGCCGAAAAAGAAGAGCAAUUAUUCAAUUUUUACUGAAAAAUUGAUGAGAGCCAUAAAUGUACAAAGCCUCAGAGCUACUCCCAACCUUUUGCCGCGGAGGAACAUCCUACAUUAAUUAGUGCUUCUAAGACACCUUCUCUUUCAAGGUCUUGGGUAUUGCUGCAUUAGACGAAUGGGAUAAAUAAAUUUAAAAAAAAAGCUGAGAUAUAUCUACAAAACAUUUCAGAGAUAUGUAGCAAGGAGUUUUAACCCAGAAAUUAAACACUUUUAAGAUUUA